AGGUUUCUGCGAAAAAAAAAAAAAAGGACCAACAACCGCGGAGAAUUUUUUAUUUCUCGCCUGCAUGCCAUGGCCAGGCUACAGCAUCUGCACAAAAGGGAAACUGUCGUGCUUUUUGUCGCUUGGGACGGAGCGCAAGGCGGCCCUCCGCUCACCAUAGCACCAAUGGUACACCAAGGGAUUUGCUCAAAUAGAAUGCAAAAUGGAUGGGUGGCAAUCAGCCCGAAAGGAACACUGCUUUGGCAAGCCUGCAUCAUCGCGGAGCGGGGAAUUUUUCCAAGCUCACUGAGAGACAUAGAAGGUGGUGUAAUACCAUGAGGAUGACGAGGAGUUGUGAAAAAAGGCUCAGCAGAAGGACAAGAAAACUU